GGUCCGUAUAUGUAUUUAGAAAACAAGGGAUAAGGCUUAUAUUCGGACCGAUUUUGGUCCGAAUAUAUUGGAAAAAAUUUCCGGCACAUCAAAAACUUUCAAUCUUUUUGGGAAAUUUUUGGCGCAUUAAUAAUAUAUUCGGACCGAUUUUGGUCCGAAUAUAUUGGGAAAAAAUUCACAGUUCACAUUUUCAUUCUUUUCAUUUAAGGACAUCACAAUCUCCUCGUGUCCUCAAUCUAUAUAUACGGACCGUUGUCGGUCCGAAUAUGGGCAAUCCGAGGAAUUUUUUAUCCUAAAGCAAAAUUAAAUUAAGUAUGAAUAUAUAUACGGACCAAUUUUGGUCUGAAUAUAUGCAAAGAAUCCAGAAGCUUCCAUGUUUUCAUUUUUCAAACCGAUUUUGGUCCGAAUAUACUCGAAAAAAUCCAGAAACUUCUCCCAGUUCACAUUUUUAUUCUUUUCAUUUAAGGACAUUACCAUCUUCUCGUGUCCUAAAUCCAUUUUUGCGAAAACCAAUUGCAUGUACAUCAACCCUACAGUCCCUUGGAACCACAAAACCAUCGAUUGUCUACCUGAAAUUAUCUUACGAUGGUACGGAGUAAUAUCGUUGCAAAACCACGAACGUAUAAGUUAAAGGUUAUUAGAGAUAAUAUUACGUAAUGCUCUUUCGGAGUCACAAGCAAAUAAAAUUAAUUUUUUUUA